GAGUCCGUCUCUGGAUACCAAAUUCAAACCGUUUUUGGUUGUUGAUGAUAACUGCUUAAAAAUUGUUUCAAUUUUGGAGAGAAAAUGAAGAAUCUGAAGCUGUCAUGGGAGCUGUCAUCUAACCUCCACUUACAAUCAGAAACUGAAGUGAUUCGUUGCACUGCUCUUGAUAUCGAACAGAAUCGCAUCUUCUUCGCAUCUUCUGCUAACUUCAUUUACACCGCUCAUCUUUCUUCCUCUCAAAUUGAUGAACCAUGUGGCAAACCAUCAGCAAGUCCGCUGAUCGAGGCCGUUGAUCUAGAUGCUGGUGACUCUAUUACUUCCUUGGAGUAUCUCAUGGAGAAAGAAUCACUCAUUAUUGGAACAUUAAGUGGUGUUUUAUUGCUGUAUAAUGUGGAUGAUAACAUGAUGGAGGUUGUUGGCAGAGUGGAAGGUGGAGUUAAGUGCCUCUCACCGAGUCCUGAUGGAGAUUUGCUCUGUAUUGUCACUGGUGUAGGCCAAAUGUUGGUAAUGACUCAUGACUGGGACUUGUUGUAUGAGACAGCACUUGAGGAUCCUGUCGAAGAUGCUGACUUAGUCGCAGGUGAUCAAUACCUUCAGUCGGAAUGUCAACGUGGAAGUUCAGCUACCUGGCGAGGUGACGGGAAAUUCUUUGCUACAGUAAGCUUGACACAUAAUUCUUUGCUUAAGAAGCUUAAAGUAUGGGAACGAGAUACAGGGAACUUGCAUUCUGUUUCAGAACCCAAGUCUUUUAUGGGAGAAAUUGUGGAAUGGAUGCCAUCUGGAGCAAAAAUUGCUACUGUUUGUGAUCACAAGGAAGAAGGGGGAUGUCCUUCCAUAGUUUUCUUCGAGAGAAAUGGGUUAGAAAGGAGCUCAUUCAGUGUAAACGAGGGAAUAGAUGCAACUAUUGAGAAUCUAAAGUGGAACUGUAAUUCUGAUCUGCUUGCUGCUAUUGUUAGAAGGGAAACCUAUGACUCCAUCAAGAUAUGGCUGUUCAGCAACAAUCAUUGGUAUUUAAAACAAGAAAUCAGGUACUUGAGGCAGGAGGGAGUGAGAUUCAUGUGGGAUCCAGUAAAGCCUCUUCAGUUGAUAUGUUGGACUCUGAAAGGCAUGAUCACAGUCCACAAUUUUAUCUGGAUUACAGCAGUUACUGAUAAUUCAGUAGCAUUAGUUGUUGAUGGCUCUAAGAUUCUAGUAACACCCCUUUCCCUUUCCGUCAUCCCGCCUCCUAUGUAUCUCUUUGAGCUAGAAUUUCCUUGUUCUGUUAGAGAAAUGGCUUUCUGGUCCAUGAAUUCUAAGAACAGUUUGGCAGUAUCUCUGUCAGAUGGCAGUUUGUCUGUUGUGGAGCUUCCUAGUCUUGACACUUGGGAAGAUCUAGAAGGCAAAGUCUUUGGUGUUGAGUUGUGUAUUUCUGAAGAUCUUACAUCCUUUCUUCAUCUCACAUGGUUGGACUCACAUGUGCUUCUUGGUGUUGUUCCUAUUGGUUUCAGCCAUCAUGGCCACCUUCCGGACUCCUCAUACAGCAAAAAUGAGCUUUCUAGCAACUACCUGCAGGAACUUGAACUUGCAUGCUCUGAGGAUCACAUUCCUGGGUUAGUCACAUGCUCUGGAUGGCAUGCUAAAAUCUCUAACAAACAUUCUCUUGAGAGGACAGUGAUUGGCGUUGCUUCUAACCCUGUUAAAAGACGUUCAGCAUUUGUUCAGUUGAAUGGUGGGAAUAUUUUUGAGUAUUCAUCAAAAUUGGAUACUAAAGCAGGUUCUCUACAGGAGCACCAUGACUUGCGAUUUUUAUCAUCUUGCCCAUGGAUGAGUGUGGCUUCUGUCGGAGAUUAUGGACUGUCAAAGCCUUUUAUGAUAUUCGGGCUUGAUAACAACAGUAGGCUGCAUGUCAAUCAGAAUGUUUUGUGUAACAAUUGCAGCAGCUUCUCGUUGUACUCAAAUUCCACCAAUCAAGCGAUCACACAUCUAAUUCUUGGGACCAAACAAGACUUUCUCUAUGUUGUUGACAUUCGUGAUAUUAUGCUUGGUCAAACGGAGGCCAAGUAUGGCAAUUUUAUACCAGUUAUAAGCAGAAGAAUGUCAGAAGAAGAAAAGAAGUUUAUACAGAUAUGGGAAAAGGGUUCGAAAAUCUUAGGGGUUGUGCAUGGAGAUGAAUCUGUUGUUAUAUUACAAACAACUCGUGGAAAUUUAGAGAGUAUCUAUCCGAGGAAGUUGGUACUGGAAUCAAUUGUUAAUGCUUUGGUCCAAGGACGUUUUAAAGAUGCCUUACUCAUGGUAAGGCGACACAGAAUAGAUUUUAAUGUUAUUGUCGAUCAUGGGGGCUGGCAAGCCUUUCUACAAUUGGCUACAGAGUUUGUCCGGCAGGUGGAUAAUCUAAGCUACAUUACUGAGUUUGUAUGUUCCUUGAAGAAUGAAAAUGUCAUGGAGACCUUGUACAAAAGCCAUAUAUCUUAUACAAAUGAGGCAAAUGGUAAAGAAUCAAUAGGUUCUAUGGUUCUUGGUGGUAAUAGCAAGGUCAAUUCUGUCCUACUGGCUGUGAGAAAAGCUCUUGAGGAGCAAAUAGUGGAAAGCCCUGCGAGAGAGCUUUGCAUCUUAACCACUUUGGCUCGGACUGACCCCCCAUCUCUUGAAGAAGCAUUGGAGCGGGUAAAAGUUAUUCGUGAGAUGGAAUUAUCAGAUUGCAAUGACCCAAAGAGGAAGUGUUUCCCCUCUGCUGAAGAAUCUCUGAAACAUCUCUUGUGGCUCUCAGAGAGUGAAGCUGUAUAUGAAGCUGCUUUGGGUCUGUAUGACUUAAAUCUUGCAGCUAUUGUUGCAUUGAACUCGCAACAGGAUCCAAAGGAGUUCCUACCAUUUCUUCAGGAACUGGAAGUCUUGCCAAGUCUCAUAAUGAGAUAUAGAAUUGACCUCAAAUUGAGGAGAUUUGAGAAGGCACUCAAACACAUUGUUGCUGCUGGAGAUGCUUAUUUUGAAGAUUGUAUUAAUCUCAUGAAGAAGAAUCCAGAACUUUUUUCUAUGGGACUUCAAUUGCUAACAGAUCCCACUAAGAGGAGGCAAGUCCUUGAGGGCUGGGGAGACCAUUUAAGCGACAUUAAAUGCUUUGAGGAUGCUGCUACAACAUAUAUGUGUUGCUCUAGUCUAGAAAAAGCUUUAAAGGCUUAUCGUUCUUGUAAUAGUUGGAGUGGGGUGCUUACUGUUGCUGGUCUCAUCAAACUAGGAAAAGAAGAGAUUCUGCAAUUGGCACACGAGCUAUGCGAAGAACUUCAAACGCUCGGGAAACCAGGUGAAGCUGCUAAAAUUGCUCUUGAUUACUGUGGAGAUGUUAAAAAUGGGAUAAACCUAUUAAUCAAUGCAAGGGAAUGGGAGGAGGCUCUGCGGAUUGCUUUAAUGCACAGGAGGGAGGACUCGAUCUCAGAUGUGAAGACUGGAGCGGUUGAAUGUGCCGCCACUCUGAUUGCUGAAUAUGAAGAAGGUUUGGAGAAAGUGGGCAAGUACUUGGCACGAUACCUGGCAGUCCGGCAGCGAAGGUUAUUGCUUGCAGCUAAGCUUCAGUCGAAUGAGCGAUCAGUAAAUGAACUGGAUGAUGACACUGUUUCAGAAGCUAGCAGCAGUUUCAGCAGAAUGAGUGCUUACUCCACUGGGACAAGAAAGAGUUCUGCUGCUUCAAUGAGUUCAAGUGGCACUAGCAAAAGAGGGGUAAGACGCCAAAAGAAGAAAGGCAAAAUCCGUGCUGGCAGCCCUGAUGAGGAGAUGGCAUUAGUUGACCAUCUGAAGGGGAUGUCACUUGCUUCUGGGGCAGCGCGUGAGCUCAGAUCUUUAUUGGCUUGUCUUGUGAUGAUUGGGAAGGAAGAUAUCGCUAGGAAAUUGCAUAGAGUCGGAGAAAACUUUCAGUUAUCUCAAAUAGCAGCAGUAAAAAUAGCUGAAGAUGCAAUGUCCUGUAAUAUUGUGGAUGAGCAUGCAUUUGUUUUGGAGGUCUACAUCAAGAAACUAGGGACGGAGUUGUUGCAAUCCGAGGAGUUUUCUUGGCGGUCAAAGGUUUUCGGUGCUCCUUAGGAGGUAGCUAGUGGCUGUGUACCCAUUAUCUUAACAUUAAACAAACCAGAAGGUAGACUUGGUUUUUUGCUUUCAGUUUGGAUCUUAUAUUGUAGAAGCUUUAUAUCCUUUGUCUGCCCUUAGAUGGGUUUCUUGCUACAAUUGAUUAUUGUUAUUGCUGUAUAAGAUUUAUUAAUCAUUGGUUUUUGUUGGGUUGUUUUGCAUAAAUGUGAUACCAUUUCAUAUUG